CAAGUCACACCCAUUGACCCUUCCUUUAAGGCACACAACAUGGCCUAUCCAACAGUUGGUGCCACCACCAUAGCCAAUGGUGUCACCACCGUGGACUGCCAGAAACAAGUCCGGUCAUGGAGGCUUCUGCGCUCUCUGAUGGAGCUCCUCAUCCCAAGCUGCGGUUGCACCAUUAUAGAAGACCGAGAAAACUACCUCCAGAACUACAGUAAUCCACAGUACCCCACCUUCACUUCUUCCACAGCUGUCAUUGGCACCCUAUUUGGCUAUCGCCGUGGGAAAGUCAGGCUUUGUAUCCAAACGAGUUCGAAGCUGCCCACCAACCCAAUUCUCCUCCUUGAAUUGGCUGUCCCCACAACAACACUGGCAAGAGAAAUGCGAGGGGGUGUUCUUCGAAUUGCACUAGAGUGCGCCAGCGCCACACCAGCUUGCUCUCUUUUGUCCAUGCCAGUGUGGACUAUGUAUUGCAAUGGGAGGAAAGUUGGGUAUGCGUUUAAGCGUCAGCCUUCCAAGGCUGAUAUGGACGCACUUAGGGUAAUGAGUGCGGUUGUUGUGGGUGCUGGCAUGAUAAGUGGGAAGGAGCUUGAUGGCGAUGAUGAGGUCAUGUACCUUAGGGCCAACUUUGAGAGAGUUUGUGGGUCAUCUGAUUCUGAGUCUUUCCAUUUGAUUGAUCCACAUGGGAGCAUCGGUGUUGAUCAGGAGCUUAGUAUUUUCUUUUUUAGCUUAAGGUAAUUAACCUAGCUACCUAAAUCCCCACGGAGAUAGUUUAUAGCUAGCCUAUUUUUACCAUCUCCUUUUUAAGCUAUGUAUAUAUAGCUUUAACUUCCUUACCCUACGUACAAACUGUACCCAAUUUUUUAAUGGCGUUUGUGUUUUGAGAAUAUUAAUUAACGUAUGUUACGGAUGUGUUAACCCAUCAGUAUGGCCCCUUCAUCAG